AUGUCAGACCAAUAUCCUAUUCUAAUCACUUCUCUUUCAAGCAUAAUAGCAGGAAGUCUUUCCCGCUUAUUUGUCCACCCUAUAGACACUCUUAAAGCAAAACUUCAAGUCCAGCAAGCUUCCUUAACAAACCAAAAGAUAACAAUAAGGUCGACUGUAAGUAAAACUUUGGCUGAAGAAGGAGUAAGAGGUCUUUAUCGAGGCUUUUUUAUAGCAUCUGCUGGAUCUGCUCCUGGGGUUUGUGUUUAUAUGUCAGCUUAUGAAUUUGCUAAUUCUUUUUAUCAAAAAUAAAAUUAUUUAUUUAAUUAGUAUAAAAUAAUUAUCUAUUAAAAAAAUCAGGCCUUAUAGGCAGGAUAAGAAAAAAUUAUUAAAGUCUGAAGCUGCACAAAAAAGCACUUUUUGAGCACACUUUUGUUCACUCCCCCCAUCCUUGAUCGAACGAUUGACUGUAAAAAAUUCCUAAAAAUUGGGGAAAUUAACCCCCACCCUUGAUCGAACGAUUUUCACAUGCAAAUUUUUAUAUAUAUAUAAAAAUAUAUUAGUAUCAAAAGCUUGGAAGAUGUACCUAAUGAAGUUGCUUUCAGAGCUUUGAGACGAUAGCAAGCUACGGAAUCGACUAUUAGAAGUGAUUUAGUCAUCAACCUAGGCUUAAAAAACUCAAUAAUCUAAAAAAUAGAGAUUCUUUAAAAUUUAAAAAAAAUAAUUUUUAAUUCAAUAAGGAACAAAUUAAAAUUUAUACAGUUUAAAAGGGUAACUAAUAAAUCAAAAUAUUAAAAAUUGGUAUUUUAUGAAAUUAAUUCAAUUUUUUGCUGUAAAAAUAAUUAUUAAAUACUCUUAACCCUCUUAUUUAAAAGUAAAUAAAAAAAUCUAUACUUAUCUUUUUCAUUUUAUAUGUAAAUUUUUUCCCAAAAAAAUGUUUUUAACCCCCAUCCUUGAUCGAACGAUGGCGAGUCGUUCGAUCAAGGAUUGGGGGCAGCCAGGGAUUUUUGCUGAAACUGUAUCAUGUGCAAUCUUCGUUCCUAUAGAUGUAGUUAAAGAGAGGCUUCAAGUUCAAAGCAAUUUGAAUAUUUAUAACUAUAAAGGAGGCAUUGACGCUUUCAAAAUAAUCCUAAACACAGAAGGACUAAGAGGGAUUUAUCGAGCAUAUGGAGCUACAGUGUGCUCUUUUGGACCUUUUUCAGCACUAUAUUUUAUGUUUUAUGAGAAGUUUAAGUAUUGAACUGUUGGGGCACAGAAAGAAAUUAGCUUUUGGCCUAGCUUGCUGUGUUCUGCAGCAGCAGGAUCGAUUUCCUCUGUUAUCACAAACCCACUUGAUAUGGCAAAAGUUAGGAUGCAAUGUGUAAGAGCAAGCCAAAAUUCAGAAGUAAAGCUUUUUAAAUACAACAAUAUGUUUCAUGGGAUUUUGUUAAUUUUUAAGAAUGAAGGAUUUCUAGCCUUAUUUCAAGGCUCCUUAGCAAGGAUAUUAUUCCAUACCCCUAACGUCGCUAUCAUGAUGAGCACCACAGAGACAAUCCGAGCAUUCUUAGAAAAAUCAAUGCAGAAUAAAUAA